GUUGUAAAGUGUUUGGUUGGAGGAGCGGCUCGGUCGUGUGAGGGGAGUUUCCCUGCUGACUACCGCAGACCUCAUCCUAACACACAUACUGGACUAGCAAGCGAGCUAGCUGCACAACACACACACUGUUUCAGUCUAAAUCAAGCUUACUGUCCCCUUUUCUUCACAAAGACAACAUGGAUUUGAACAAAAUCUUGUCACAGCUUGAAUCUUCCGACGAGGAGGAAACCGAGAAGCUUCUUGAGCAGUUUAACCGGGAGGUGAGUCAACCAAAACAAACAGCCUGGCUAACGUUAGCUAGCUAGCUUGACAAGCGGCAUUGAGCGAGCUUGACGACUUUAUAUCAAGCUUGGCCGAGAUGUUUAAUCUAUUUUACCACAUUUAGCGUGCUGGGUAAAAAAUAGUCAUUACGUUUUUGUUAAAAACAUUUAUAAUCUGAGGAUAUUGUUUACAUCGGCAGGAUGGUGUUGCUAAUGCUAACGCUGCUGCCAUCCGGUUUUGUUGUUUUAUACAGUGUCAGCAAAUGGUCUUUUUAAGGUUCCAAUGAAAUAUGUAUGAGUUAAUAUUAUUCUUAUAAAGGCUGGAGUUUAUUUUGUUUAAAACACGUUAACAACGAAGCUAAAGUGCUCUCCAUCCUCACUGAGCAUCUCCUGUUUCAGAAUAGCCACACCUUCAUUUUCGAGAAAAAGGAGGAAACUCUCCGGAGUGUGAGUAUGGUCACCUGAAUAGUUCAAUAUUAGACGAUAAUGUAACCAGAGCUGUGUCAAAUCUAUAUUCUCCCUUCUAUGUGGCAUUACAGAGGCUGUGCCAGAGUGUGUUGACUGUACUCGGGAGGCAGGUGCAGCCCAGCUGUCAGAGGACAUGUCUAGAGACGCUCCGCAUCCUCUCCAGAGACAAGCAUGUCCUAAAACCUGUAGCCACCCGGGAAGGCAUGUUGAUCCUGGGACGAAUGGCGAGGCUGCAGCCUGGAGAGGAUGGAGGUGACAACCAGGAAAGCACUCAGGAAAACACCCAGUCAGAUGAGGAGGAGAGGGUGGUUAUUGAGGCCCUGAAGUGCCUUUGCAAUGUGGUUUAUAACAGUCCUGCAGCUCAGCAGGUCAGUGUAGAUGUGCAGCUGGCCCAUGGCCUUUGCAGAGGUCUGCGUACAGCCAGCACAUGGAACCAUGAGGUCGGUCUUUUUACACUUCGCCUCCUUUUCCUGCUGUCUGCCCUGAGGCCAGAUGUGCGUGGGGUUAUGAGGACAGAAUUGCACGCUAUAAAGCUCCUGACAGAGGUGCUGGAGCACACGUUGGAUGUGCGCUGGGUCGGUCCAUAUGAGGCUGCCCCACCAGACCCACAGACCCUGCCCAUGCCUGCAGAGGAUAAUGAGAGAGCAAUGGAGGCGCUGAAAGCCUCAUUCAACCUAACGCUGUCAUGCACUGGUGGUGAGGUGAGUGUGCGGAAGUCUGUGAGAGUAUGUAAUGUUACAGGGUGUCUUGUACUGAGAAACUGAAAGCAGGCUAGGGGUGCACAAAUAAUGAGAAUGAAAACUGAUGAAAUAACUAAUAAUAGAAGAAUUACUUCGGUUGGAUGACAACUUUAAAAAUCAGAGGUUACAGAGUGCUUUACCAAGGAAAAACUGAUAAGAUACAAUAAACUAACAAUGAAUUACAAUAAAAUAAAAGGUGAACAACAAUGCACAACUGAACAAGUAUGAGCAAGUCUGAAUGAAUGAGUUUGAAGCUGCUUUUUGAAAGUGUCAGGAUUGUCCAAUGGUCCAACAAACAGUAGCAGAAAGUUCAUUAGUGUUGGAGCUACAACUGCAAAUGCACAGUCUUCUUAGGUCUUAAGCCUGGAAUGUGAGAUGAUCAACAAACCCUAAUUAGAGGACCGCAGAGUCUUGCUGAGAUGUCGGUAUCUUGAACUGGAUUCUGGAGUUUAUGGGAUGUCCAUUUAUAGACCAUUAUCUGCCAUCUAGUUUUAAAUAUUGCUAGAGCAGUCCAGAAAGUUGACCAAAAUGGAAGCGAUUUUGGAUGGAUCAUCUGCAUAAAAUUUGUAAGAAAAGUAGGCCCAAAUUGAACAAAACUGAGCUUUGAAGGAUUCCAGGGAUGUGUUUAAUAAGGUAUUAUUGUCCACUGUAACAUAGAUACAUUUGAAUCCUACAACAGCCCGAUUUUAUAUAGCUGCUAUACAUCUGUUUAACAUUUUGUUCAAAUACUUUAAAUCAAUAUACAAUAGAAUGUACAUGAAGAUAAAAUGCCUAACACACUUCAAGUCACUCAUUAUUAUUAUUAGUGUGUGACAGAGAGGUAUCACAGGUCAUUCCUUCCUGCAGCUGUCAGACUCCAACCUCAGUGUACAAUAAAUCAUAACAUUAUGUAUAUUUUUGUACACAUGUAAAUAUGACUCAUAUACAUAUAUUUUCUUAACUCUAAGUUUCUUUAUCAUUUAAUUUCUCUUUUUGUGUCUGUACUAUGCUGCUGUAAAUUUGGAAUUUCCCCCUGUGGGACUAUUAAAGGAACAUCUUAUCUUAACAAGAGUGAAUGGAAAGCCAAGAAGAUUUUUGUAAAACUAAGUAUCAGGUGUGUUGGGAAGUCCCUCUAAACAGGCUCAGAGUUCAGCAAUUUUUAAAGCUCUGUGAGAAGUUAGGGUUAACCCGGCUGUUGCACAUAAAAACCUAACCUAAACCCAGCAUCAGUCCACUUUAAUUUGACUUAGUGCAACUUGAUGGCAAGAAUUUCAGAAAAUCAAACCGGCAGACCUCUCUGAGAAGGCAUAUAUUCAUGCUGGUUGGACUGAAGGAGAUACAUGACAGCAAAGGCAAAGGCAGCAUUUAUUAUAUCUGUAAGUCUUAAUGAAUACAAACUUCUCUUUGAUCACAAUCCAAACUCCUGCCUCCUCCUGCUGAUUGUUUGUAAAAGCUUUGGUAUCAAUCUUUAUCCUUGUUCUCUUUUUGUGCUUUACACCAUGGAUUAUGUGCGAUUGAAUUUUAAAGUUGCUGCUUUUAAAACAUAACCAUUCACGUCCCUCUCUCUCUCUUUUUUCACUUCAUUAUUUUUUGUUUUGCUUUACCUCUGACCUGAUUAAAACUUGAUAUCCAUUUCUCUCACAUUUUUGAUUUUAUAGGAGGACGAUCACCAGUUCCGACUCAUAGCUGCCAUACUGCGCCAUCUGUUGAUGCAGAGGACUAAAACAGAGGAGAAAACAGAGGAAGCACACAGGUGGGAAAUCUGCUCUUAUGAUAUUUGGCUACUCUGCCCUUUGCAAUCGAUGACCCAGCCCAGUAUAGCAAAUGCAUAUACGUGUCCUUUCCUUUUUACCUCAUGAUUGCUAGUUGACAUGAACGCUCCUGUUCAGCUGAGAGAUUGACUGAACUUUCAAUGCAAAUCGACAAAACCGAAAAGCACGCAGCACUCACUCAGCAGAUCAGCUUGCAUCCAUGUGACAGGAGACCUCAGUAUCACAGGAAAAAACAUUUCUUUGGAGUGGUGUUGGGUGUUUGCAGCAGGACCGUCUCCUUAAGGAAGUUUAUGCAGGAAUGUUAAGAAUCUGUGACCAUUGACUGAAUCACUGACAGAGUGACUGAUCUUAUUCUAGUGGCUUAUUGGGUCUCUGGAGUUUUACCCCUUGAUCAGGUUGAUGUUGUUUUAGUCGGAGAGAGCGACCGAACAGGUUUUCCAGCUUGCUUUGCUGCUCUCCACUAUCCGGCAGAAGUGAGGCACUCGGGUGUGCUGGGAUUUUGUUAGAAAUCUGAUAUGAUAGAUCCUUCAAUCUUGUUUUCCUCUCUCCAGCCAUGCUGUCAACCUGCUGAAUAACCUGCCAGUGUCCUGCCUGGACGUGCUGAUUGACUUGCCUGUACAAGGAGGACAAGAGAAAUAUGGUGGAAAAAACAUGGAUGCAAUCCAGGUGUUACUGGACUUCAUGGAGAAAAGGAUCAACAAGGUAAAAUUCAUCCUCUGCAGCGUGCACUGGAGGAGAUGACUGAAAUGUUUGUACACAGAAAAAGGUUUACUACUAAAUCUGAGUUUGAAACACUGAUAACAAGGCCACUAGCUAAAGGCUUGUUUUAGUUUUUAAUUUCUCCUUAAAUCAUAUAUGUCACUUUGGAGUUAUCUUUUGUGAGACCUUCGUUUGAACUGCUGAUUAUAAUCCUGCUGCUGCACCAGUUUGUAAAGUGUCGGUGGUUUGUGUCACUCCAAGCAGGGCUCCAACUACAAAGAGGGCUUGAGUCCAGUGCUCAGCCUUUUGACUGAAGGAUCCAGGCAUCACAGAGAGAUCCGCAGAUAUAUUAAAGCUCAGGUACGGUCACUGCAAACACUAAACCCAGAGAUAAUGAAAUAUACAGCUCGUUAAUCUCACCGGGAUUGUAACCGGAUCUAAAAGAACUUUGAUAGAUUUUUGAUUCUGUUUUGUUGGUGUGUGUGCGUGUUCAUCUGCAAGAGACUCAUAGAAACAAUACCACCCAAUAAACAGCUGGUAAUGUCUGCCUCUUCAGGUACUCCCCCCACUGAAGGAUGUGAAGAUCAGGCCAGAGAUCGGCAGCACCGUCAGAAACAAACUGGUCCGCCUGAUGACAAACGUGGACAUGGGUGUGAAGCAGACGGCCGCAGAGUUUCUCUUUGUGCUCUGCAAAGAAAGCGGUUAGUGAAGGCAGUGAACAAGUCCUGGGAAACAGACGUAGACCUCUGUGUGUCACUUCUCUAACUUGUGCUCUUGUUUUCCAGUGGACAACCUGUUGAAGUACACAGGAUAUGGGAACGCAGCAGGACUCCUGGUGGCUCGGGGACUUCUUGCAGGAGGUAGAGGAGAAACUCAGUACUCUGAGGAUGAAGACUCGGACACAGAGGAGUACAAAACUGCAAAACCUUUGUGAGUAUUUUGAUCAAAUGACAUUUCAAAUCUGAUAUCUGCAUGUUCAUUAUGGAUUGAUAAUAUAUUCGUAUGUCAUCUGCUUGGUCCAGCAUCAACCCCAUCACUGGUCACGUUGAGGAGCCAAUGCAGAACCCUAUAGAGGAGAUGACGGAGGAGCAGAAGGAGUAUGAAGCAGAAAAGCUCGCCAAUAUGUUUGACAAGUUAUCAAGGUAAACAUAACCAAAAGAAACAGUCCUAGGAUGCAAAAUUUUUUCUGGCAGACUACAUGAAUCAUCAUGUUUCACAGUCGAGUUUGGACAGGAGAGAAACACGGCAUAAUAAAAGGGUAACUAGGAGGGACGUCAUCAUAGGUCUGUGGGGGGAGUCAAACAGGGAUGUUUCAAAACAUGUUUAGAGUCCCAGAGCACUUUGUUUGGAGGGCAUUCUGCUUUAGACAAUUUGAAGUAUAAACUAUCUGAAACUAUGUGGAAAAAAUACCCUUCAGAUCUACAAAACAAACAAGAGACGCAUAGAAAUCUUUGGCAAAUAAUGAACUGUUUUUUUUAGCAGAGGCUCCUCUAAAAUAGUGUUUUGUUGGUCUGCUUUCCUGACUCAAAUUAUUGAUUUCAUUUAUUGUUUCCUCUGCAUAGAGCCCUGCUGUAUUUGCGUUGACCUUUCCUUAGUGAGUAGAGGCUAACGUCAGCCAAGCAUGACGUCUGUACAAAGGUAACCGAGAGAUGCUCCCUGCCAACUGACUUAUCAAAGGAAGAAUCUCUUGCCUUUAGCUGAAGCCUCAAUUAGUCCUGGACUUGCAGCAUGCCGCAGCAUUCAGCCAGAGUAAAUAAAGGCUGCCGGCACGCCACUGCAGCAUCAUCACCACCACUCUGUUAAUUAUCAUCUAAUUGGCGCACACAGUCCCGCUUCUUUUGUGUCCCUCUGUUGUGUCUCUGCCUUUUAAUAACACGUGUCCCGACUUUAUUCUCAUUCUGAAGAGUCUGCCGUUUUCUAGACAGACAGUGGACAAGAGACAGAAGCAAAAAGUAGACAAAGCAAUUUUGGUGGAACGUGGAUGAAGGGGACAAGACGUGGAUGAACAAAUGUGAAGACAGAAGACAGCUGACCUCGUCUUUGUGGAGCGAGAUAAAAGAAGGUUGAGCUGUAAUGAGGCACGUGCGCCCAGAAGAGGAAGAUUCUUGUUUCUCUUCCUCGGUAAAAGAGAUGUGAUGAUGUUGAAGUAAGGCCGCUAAGGAGAUCAGUCGGAGCCCGAGAAGAAUGUGCACCCCUAACUGCUUAACUGGUCCUCCAAUUAGCACAUAUUCUGCAUCCCCACCCACCGCCCACUCCAACCUGCACAACCCCCUUAAAGUCCUCCAUCACACCGAGGAGCAGAGGGGAUGUAUUUUGCCUUAAUUAGGAGAUUUGAUGUUAUAUGUUGUUUAAAUUUCUUUCCUCUUAGUCUUCACUGUACCUGCUGACUCUGGGCCAGAUGUUGUAUAUGCUAAUUAAGAUGUAGAUGUAUGUUAUGGUAGAUUUCACUGCACCACAAGUGUCCUUUUGAAGACCCUUUUCUGUAGUUUUUUCCAGAAACAAGAUUUAAUCAGGAGUCAGUCGGUUUUACAUGUGAAUCUCUUUCAAAUGAAUGUAAGUGUUCCGUUUUAAAUGUGAUGGAUAAUUCUCUGAUGAAUCAUCUCAGAGGGAGCAGUGACACUCAGUGCAGGUAUAAUUGGAUUAGGAUGAAGGGGCAGCCGUGGCUUUGAGGAGAUUAGUCGGAGCGCUGAUCCUGUAAUUAAACUGCCACAGGAGAAGAGAGAGGGAGGGGGAGGCAGGGGUCUGAGGGGGAGAGACGAUGACCCAACAGGGGCGAGUGUCCAUAAAGAGGUGGGGUUAUGGAGUGAGGGUCCUCAGGCACUGAAGCUUUCUAUGAAGUUAGACUGGAAAUGAAAACAUGAGGUUGAGUCGUUGUGAAUGUAAUUAUAACAAGUAGUAACCCUUGUCUUCAUGUCCACAGGCAGAACGUGAUCCGGCCGAUGGGGGUCAGACCCGACGGGACUCUAGCACCUCUUGAGGAAACUCUCUGUGACGCACCUGUGGAAGUCUCAGGAUCAGACUCUGACUAGUGCACUGAACAUCCAGGCCACAUUUUGCGGGCCGCCCUCACUGCCCUCCAACACAACCAAAGCUGUGUCCCAUUUCAAGGACUUGAGCCUUUAAAUGAAGCACAAAUGAAGGUGGAUCCUGUAAGAGCUGAAGCCGGCUGAACCUUAAACGAGAGGGUCUGCAGGCUGCACAGUCGAAAAGUUUUACAAGUUUGAACUAAUCAAAGUCUUUUACUGCAGUAGGUGAACUCACAUGGCGGACAGCACAGUAGAUUAAAGGUGAUAUCAAUAUACAAAGAUUAUUUAUGUGUGCGUGUAUUUCUGCCAGAUGUUUUUACAGCCUACAGCGUAAAGGAGCCAUAAUCCCAAAUCAACCUGUUUCCAAAUACUUGAACAUAAUCUGAAAAUUAUAAAGUGAUAAAGCAACAGUUUAAAUCAUUACUAGUUUCAAAGAGAUCACCUGGAAAACGCUGUUAAUGAGACAAAGCCUCGUUCAGAGUAAGGAGAGGCCUGGUUGACCUCUUAUGGUGAACUUCAGUUCAGAAAUGUGACUUCUGACAAUCAGGCUUCGAACUGGGACACAGCUCGAUACAUCAGCAAAGACAACAGAGGGCCGAUCACGGCUGAGGGCGGGUCUCUGAGGAAGGAAAGGACUUGAUGUGAGGCAGAGACUCUGCAGCAGCAUCAUUGUUGAUAGAGGGCCUCCAUGGUGACUGUUGCACCUUUAAUCUUUAUUUUACUGCUUCCUUCCUAGUUGAGAAAAUAGAGGUAAUAAUAUAAUAUUUGCUGGAUUAUGGGUAUCACAUUAAAAGCACUGUUGUCAUGAUUUGUUAAGGUGUAACUGGGUUUGGAAGAAUCAUUCCUCUUGUGCUUCUGUUUUUUUUAACUCUUAUUUCUGCUGUAUUGUUUCUUGUACUGUCCACAUUUUUGUUUCUUUGUCAAGAAAACUCAAGUGCACAUUAUAAACAUGUAAACAUGAAAUCACUGAGAACUUCGCUCGAGUUCAAAUCACGAGGUCUGUCAAGUUUGGACCACAGGGUUGAUGUAUAUUGUGAAAUCAGGUGGUAUAUGAAUGCACACCAGUGAGUCUCCACAGAAACUUUACAAAUCCAGGUCUCAUUGGCUAAAAGAUAUUUUGGACAUGAACACUACUUCUUUUUAAUCAGAAUUACAGAUUUUAAUAAUUCAACAUUAUUCCAGUGGAUGAAAGUAAACAGACGCUCUGUGCCUGUUGUUGACUUUGAUGAUGAUUGUUUUCUGAUCAGUUACUUUUGCCAAAUCUGCAUGAUGUGAAAAAAGUUCUCUGCUAUGUGAUUUUCUUUUUUGUUUUCUAGAUUGACAUUUUUGUAAAUUUUCUAUAAAUUAAGUUUAUGAGUGUGUGUAAAGUAUGAAAAUUAUGCCUUCACGUGAAUGUGAUUCACUUAAUUAAAAAGCCACCGGAUCUGAAAUCAUCCGUCCCCAGAUGUGAAAACUGCUACACUUGAUGUUUUUAUGAUGAUCACAAUCCAGAGAGACUUAACACUGUUUCAGCCAAAGAACGUGUUAUUGAGAGAAUCUGACGGACACUCGUUUAAAUGUGAAAAAUCACACACAAAUCAUCCAGAUCAAAAUAUCAAAAAGAAAGAUAAAACGAUUCGUGCUCGGCUUCACAUCAACAGAGUAGACAGGACUCGUUAUGAGUUGCUGAACUUCGUUUCAUGUAAACUAUUGGAUGGAUGCCUGUUGACCCGUUUAGUGAGCCACAAAUUUAAAGGUAAAACCAGUAUCAAGUGUCUUAGGGGUCACUACAUGCCUGAAGAAAAACUUCCAGUGUAAAGGCCAAACUUUUUCAACGCUCGUGCUUUUUCCACUCUUUGUUUUGUCUCUUUUUCUAUUUGUCCCGCACCUGUUGAUCGCUUUGUUUUACCUGCGUGGAUGUCUUCUUUUUCAGCAAUAACCAUGAAUGAAUUGCAUGUUGCUUGCUUCAUCUUGUAAGAAAUUUUUUUUUUUGCACAUUCUUUACAUACUGUAAAAAAAAAAACACCCACCCUGUUUUAUUUAGUUAGGCUUUCACUGAAAUGUGAAUAAACUGGACAUCAAGUGAA